UUUGCCCAUUUCCAAGAAACGUGAGUAGUGCGUUUAAUGCACGCCACACAGAUUUAAUAGCUACAGGCAGUGCGUAAUGAGGCUAGCGUAAAGCGAGGACAAAAGUUUGCGGCAGUAUUACUGUCAGUGUCAGUGAAGACUCCCAACCGUAACCAGUCCCAACGCCUCCCACAAACAGAGCUUCCUCUGUAAAGUCAUUGUAUUACUUCGAAACGUUCAUCUGAUUGCACUUCACGCGAGAGACAGCAUGACUGGCGGACUUAAGGAUAGCGAAACCGAGGAAUACAUUCAUUCGCCAUUCAUCAGAAAACAGGGGAACAUAUAUAAACCAAACAACAAAGAUAUGGAUAACGACAGUAUCAACGAGAAAACUCUUCAAGAUAUCCACACUAAGGAGAUAGACUUGGUCAACCGGGACCCAAAACAUUUAAAUGAUCAUGUGGUAAAGGUGGACUUUGAGGACGUGAUCGCUGAGCCGGCAGGAACCUACAGCUUUGAUGGUGUGUGGAAGGCCAGCUUCACCACGUUCACCGUUACCAAGUACUGGUGCUACCGGCUGCUGACAGCGCUCGUGGGCAUUCCACUGGCGCUCAUCUGGGGCAUCUUCUUCGCCAUCCUCUCCUUCCUUCACAUCUGGGCGGUGGUGCCGUGCGUGAAGAGCUACCUGAUCGAGAUCCACUGCAUCAGUCAAGUGUACUCCAUCUGUGUGCACACCUUCUGCAAUCCUCUGUUCGAGGCCAUGGGGAAGUGUUUCGGGGACGUGCGGAUCACCAGCGCGAAGGUGGUGUAGGGGGGCAGGAAGUGAAGGGGGAAACUGGGGGCAAGGCAGGGGUGGGGCAGAAGCUCAGAAGGAGGGAAACAAAGAAUUUAAAAAGAGGAAAAUGAUCUUCUUGUUAAAGAGGUUUACCCAAGGAGAGCAGAGACAGGGGCAGUAUGUUGUGUCCCUGAGGUGCCCUUCACUUAAAAGUCAGCCUUCUCUGUCUGUUUCUUUUCUUCUUUUUCUUUUUGUCCAUUAUGUUUGUCUUCCUCCAAUUUGGGAUUGUCAACCAUUGGCAAAAAAUUGUAUGAAAUGUUAUUAGGUAGAAUCAUGUAAGGCUUUAUGUCACUAAGGGAGCACCUGAUCAGCCUGUCUUAUGUUUUAUUUGGCUUGCUGGAAAAGGCUGUGAAUCUAUAAGGGGUUUUAUCCCUCCUCAUCUGUUCAUGCAUUCCUUUGUGUAAUCAUUCAAAACUUCAGCUUUCCAGUUUAAACUAUGUGUCUCCCCUUUUUGACCCUUUUGCUUGCGUUAUCAACUAUAGUCUACUAAAGUUUAUCAAAAGGUGUUUUCUGUAUUUGUUUUUUUUUUGUGUUGGGUGUGUUCCUGCUGAUUUCGAGACUGCCCAUGACACUGCAUGCUGCCAUUGCUGUACCAGGGUGUAAACAUGAAGCAAAACGGCUGACUUUGCUGAGUCCACUGAGAAAUCAGCUCAGCACAAACAAACAGGAAAGACUGUAUGCCUGACUUUGUGCCCCAUACAAAACCCAUUUAACAGGACAUUGUGAAAACAGCCGGGUUUUUUUUGUUUGUUUGUUUGGUUUUUUUGAAGCAGAGAAUGAGAAUAUUCAGCCUUAAUGUCCUACACAAUUGCUUCCUGAGCCCAGCUGCUUAGAUUAACCACACCUGAAGCAAAGACCAUGCGAGACAUUUCAGCAUCAGUGAAGUGCUGCAGUUUUGCAUGAGCACGCAGCACUGUAGCCAUAGCAACACCUGCUUUCCUCUAUGCUCUCUGAAGAUGAAGUACUUUUGAUUAUUUUGGAUUUUUAUUUUUUGUUCGUUAGUUUCUCCAUUCAUGACAUUUUAUAAACAAACCGAGGUGCAUCAUGGCAUAACUUGUUUGUUUGUUUGUGUGCUUGUUUGAUUGUGCAAAAAGCUCAAUUUAGUGCCAGCUCUCUUCAUAAAAGUCGAUACCUUCUGAUUCCGGAUUUGUUCACUGUCAGACUCACACACUGGCGAAGACUGGCGACAGACUGAAGUGUUUGGCCCCACAGCUGCUGCUGAAUGGGGCAUUUUUGUUUAUACAGUCACUGAACGUAUUUCGACUCAGUCACCUUUCUGUCUACCUGCUGUCUGUGAGGAUGGUAAAAAUAUGUGAUUGAAUGAGUCUCUUGGCAUGAGAGGCUGUAUUUUUUUCUCUCCCUGCUUUAACUGUAUACAUCACGCUGUGCACAUUAAAAAGCUCAAAAGAAA